CUUAUUAAGAGAACUACAUUGGAGAACGUUGAUGCAUCACCACUGUGGUGGAUAUCCCAGUGCUAUAUGGUCACGUACAAUUCUAUGGACUAUGUGCUUUUGGUUAACCAACAAAGACUUGUUUUGCGAAUAUUUGAGCUGGUUAUGGUUAAGAUUUUUCGUUAUAUACAGGAUUUUAUAACAUGCGGCUGCUUAUUUGGAUUGGGAACACAUAGGAUUUCCGAAACAUUGGAUUGUUUAAUAGUCACUCUUGGAAUGUCUAACGGCCACAUAGUUUUCUUUACAGAAAAAGGAACACUUCUGUACUUUGAAAAAUUUUCGGAAUCUGAUAUUCUUUCGGUUAGCUUCGAUCAAACAGAAUAUGUUCAACAGCUUACUGUGGUUUCCACUGCGGACUUCUUUGCUGUAGAUCCUGUCAGCAUGCAUUCGACGCUUCUAAAGGCUAAGACUGCUAUCGCAAAAGGUGAGAAAUCUGCAGACCAGUUGUCGAGUACACUGGAAUUGGACGUCGAUCGGCUUAAACCCGAAAAAGGAAACCAUGGACUUCGACAUGUUUUAUUCACAGGAAUCCAUCGUCAGUCUGCUUUUGAACAGUAUUUAACUGCUUCAAUGUCUUACAAAAGAGCUACUUGGGACAUGGAAACGAUUAGUUCCACUACACCUCCUCAGUACUUUACUUAUAUGUACACAUCUGAUCGUGUUUUUUCGACAUUUGCAUGGACAACUGAGAGCGAUAAGAAAAGGAUUUGUGUCUCGUUGCAGUUCGUGCCACAUCUCGGUAUUCGUAACAUGUUUGGGAUUUCUUCUACUCCACGAAAGAAAGCGGUGAUGUCCCAAAAUGCUCAUGUGAUCACUACUCGUGGAACGCUAGGAGAUUCGCGACUAGCUGUGGCAGUAGCUACAGAAGUCACUCGAGGCCUUAUUGCUGUUGUCGACCAUAUCGCCAGAGUUAUGCUGAUUGAUGUACCGAAUCGUCAGAUUAUACGAAUAUGGAAAGGUUAUCGAGAUGCUGCUGUUGCGUGGGUCACUUCAACAAACGGCAGUCAGACUGCACUCUUUCUUUCAAUUUUCGCUCCCCGGCGAGCACUUCUUGAAGUUUGGAAUGUACAGAACGGAGUUAGAGUAGGAGCAUUACAUGUGGAUGCCGCAGGAGUUUUACUAGAUGGAGGGCUUGCUCCCGUUUUAUGUGGUUCUCAAAAUGCCCGAUAUGAGCGGAAUGCAUUUUUUGUGGAUACCAAUUUCGUUUCAAUUACAUCAAUGUUUCACAUACUGUUUCCAGGGAAGGCAGACAAUAUCAUUCUCAAAACUUGUGAAUUGUGCCAGAGGAUUUUUUCGCGAGCAGGUUUGCCACCGUACAGAGUUCUGGGUAUUCCUUAUUAUUUCAUGUUGGGAAAGACCUUACAGGUUGCUGAGUUUGCUGCACGAGAGAAGUGGGAUGCAAACCAGUUAGAGGAGCGCAUGUCCAGACUGGAUAUUAUCGAACAGUUACGCUCACUGUUGCCAAAUACUCUAAAUUCUAAAUUUAUACGCUGCGACAUUGCAUGGGAACUUAUGAGCCAAUGGUAUAGGGAUACUUCGCAAAACUUUGAUAACUUCGAGUUGGCCAUGAGGUAUGUUGAAGUCGUCGAUGAUGCACGAUUACGCCAUGGUGUCUUGGUGCUUAUAUGGCAGAAUUUUGUAUUAGAACGUUUCAAAGCAACUAUAUUGUUGAUUGAGAAAACUGGGCGUGCCCCAAAAGAACGAGAAUCUCGUCAGCAAUUGCAAAUCCCGGAAGUACGAGUUGUGGAUUUCCUAUCUAGGUGUCAUGAAAUGCUCAAAAUGCUAAUGGACGACGUUAGAGAUGCACCACCUCCUUCCCACAUUCAACGGGAUCAUUUAAUAGAAGUAACACUAGUUACUGUUUCGAAUCCCACUGCUUUGAAUUUGGAUGCAUUUUUAGCUAUUCGUCAAUCUCUAGUAAAUUAUCAUCUUGUUCUACACCAUUACCACUUAGCGAUCGCUGCGACUGUCCAGUUGUCUGCCGGUCUUCGCAACCACAUAUUACGGGUUCUGUUUUGUCCUAUUGGUCAACGCGCAUUUUUUCUCCCUUUGGAUUCGCACCCACUAAUACCAUUGGAUAGAGUUGAUGACACCAUUAUGGAACGAAGACACCAGUUCAUUGCUAAGCAAGUACUAUGCCUUCUACGUGCCGGUCAGGAUUCUGCAGCCAGUCGUGAAAUGGCAGGUGUUGUACACUCAGACAAGUUCAUACAAACAAUGACACGGUUGUUAGCUGCCCGUGCUCUUCGUCUUGCGGAGGAGCAGAAGACUGUGCUUACCAGCGCACAUUUGAGGUUUGUUACUAGAUUGUUUAAAUAA